AUGCCAUUUUCUUUGCUUUUCCGGGGAAAGAGAUGAGUUGAAAAUUGACAAAGCCCAAAAUUUAUACGCCUGAGAAAUCAGAAUAUACCCCCAUCCUUAAUUUAAAAGGCUCGAGCACAUCCUUUCCUUCGAUCUAGCUCUCUGUACAUAUUGGCGCCUUACCGUCGAAAAUCACUUGGUGCUAUCGCAUUAUCGGUCCUCUUGGACAAGUUCUUUUGAUUCUUCAAAUUCCGGUUUCAAAGUUUGCCUCUAUUUAUGUCGACUUCGAAGGCUGUCCGCUCCUUAAUAACGAGUAGAAAUGGUGCCAAAUACUUGAUCAGGUCGCCGAAAGACUAUAAUUCUAAAUUUGAUCAGAUUCGAUGUUAUAGUAGCAUUGUUGGCAUCUCAACCCCAUCGGUCGGUGGAGUAAUUGAUCGGAAGACGGAUUUUAGUUUCACAUUGGGAAGCUUAUACAAUAAGACUACUGCGUCUCAAAAGAGACGCUUUCUUGGCUGCGGAGACGGGGAGGAAGGUGGUGUUUUAUCCAAGGUUUAUGAAGAGAGGCGUGUUUUGGGGUAUUCUCCAGAGCAGUUAUUUGAUGUGGUUGCUGCUGUUGACUUGUAUCAUGGGUUUGUCCCGUGGUGUCAGCGGUCUGAGAUACUCAGACGCCAUCCAGAUGGAUCAUUUGAUGCUGAGCUGGAGAUUGGUUUUAAAUAUCUGGUUGAGAGUUAUGUUUCUUAUGUAGAAUUGAACAGACCUAAGUCAAUAAAGACAACUGUGUCAGAGAGUACCCUCUUUGAUCAUUUGAUAAAUAUUUGGGAAUUCAACCCAGGACCUGUUCCAGGAACUUGUGACCUUUAUUUUUUGGUAGAUUUUAAGUUCCAAUCGCCACUUUACAGACAGGUAGCAUCCAUGUUCUUCAAGGAAGUGGUCUCCCGACUGGUUGGUUCAUUCAGCGAGCGUUGCCGUUUGAUAUAUGGACCAGGAGUCCCAGUCCUCGAGAACUCAUUUGGACAGAAGGCAUAAGAGCUUCAUAUCACAUAAUUUUAGUGCAGAAUAAGCUUCUGAGUAUAUUUUGAAAACUGGUGGUGUCAAAUGAACAAUCUCACUGGCCCCUCUGGGCAGUUUUUGUUUUAUUUGCUGCCCAGCCCAUGGAUCUUUUUGUUGAUUGUAAUUCAAGGCGUUAAUGUCUCCCUGCGCCACAUACCAAGAAGAUUAUAGCGUCUACCUUGCCACAUUAGGCAUUUUUUACCCUAAAGAUAUAUUCUGUUUGUGAUCAUUGGAUUAUUUCUAUAUGUACUCUUGCUGAAAUCCGAGUAAUAUAAAUGUGUACUUGCUCCGGCAACAUCAGAGGGAGCUGUUGAAACUC